GCCCGCAAUUGACGAAUUUCGAUUUUCCCGGUAGCCGCCCGGGGGGCCUACCGCAAAAAUCGAAGUUCGUCAAUUGCGGGCAUUUUUCUUUGUCACUCUAAUUUGGUCCUAGUGAGAGUAAAAGAGAAAGAUCCCCGCAAUUUGCGAAUUUCGGUUUUUGCGGUAGGCCCCCUGAUUCUUACUGAUUGACAAAUUGCGUUUACCUUAUAUUGUAUGUCUAUGCGUUUACCGGACUAGUCCACAGACCACUUGUUGCCUCGAACGAUAUGUCGUUUGACAUACUUUGACAGUUAAAGAAAAAAGGAAAUAGCUGUAAACAAACAAUGGAUGGAUGUUCAGUUAGAAAUUAAUUCGUUAACAUAUAUCAUGAGACGGUUACCUCUUUGCAAAAUCGUAGUUUUACUGGGUUUUAGUUUUAUGAUAAUUUAUUUAUACUCUUGGAUUAGUAAUGAUGAUGUGAAGAACUUUGUAUAUAGAUCUCGGGGUACAACGAACACUAAGUUAUUAACGCUAAAACCUCAAAGUACUGUACCUCAGAAGACUACCAUAAACAGAAUCGUUUUGUCGUUCGUCGUGUGUGACUCAAGAUUCAACGAAUCCCUGAAUGUUGUUAAAUCAGUGUUACUGUUUACCAAGACCCCCGUACACUUCGUCAUAUUCACAGACGACAAUCUUAAAUUGAAAUUUAAUGACACUCUUAGCAACUGGAGAGUGCUAACCGACUACCAGCUUGAUUUUGAGCUGCACAGCAUUAACUUCCCUGAGGAUCAUGUUGAUGAUUGGAUGAACUUAUUCAGCAAAUGUGCUGCACAACGAUUAUUUAUUCCGAAACUGAUCACCCACAUUGAUGCCAUGAUCUAUGUUGACACUGACACCCUGUUCCUGGGCCCCGCUGAUGAGUUGUGGCGAAAGUUCUCCCUGUUCAACAUCUCCCAAAUAUCUGCCAUGGCCCUGGAAAAUGACAAUCCAAAUGUAUCUUGGUACCCUAGAUUUGCCAAGCAUCCAUUUUAUGGGAAGUAUGGGCUAAAUUCAGGUGUGAUGUUAAUGAAUUUGACAAGAAUGAGAGACUUUGGUUGGGUUGACUAUGUCACCCCAAUCAUGCUUAAAUGGAAAUUGUACAUACCAUGGGGAGAUCAGGAUAUAAUAAACGUGAUAUUCCACUACCACCCCCGCGCCGUGCUCGAGCUCUCGUGCCGCUACAACUACCGCACGGACCAGUGCAUGUACGGCGACGCGUGCCCCGACGCUACCACCAACGGCGUGUUCCUCCUGCACGGCAGCAGGAAGGCCUUCCACGCGCACAAGCAGCCCGCUUUUGAGGCAGUAUACCGAGCCAUCGAGGAGUGGCCUGUCGGCUCGGACCCCACCGACUUACCGGCCGUACUCGAGCGCUACUUCACGGAGGCGCCUUCCUCGCUCUGCGGCAACCUCAAGGACGCCUUCCUGAAGAUCCCCACGGCCACAAUAACCAGGCUGCAUAGGAAACCCGACAGGUAUAUACACUCUGCAGUAUACCGGGCUAUCAAGUGGUCUGUCGGCUCUGACCCCUCGGACUUGCCGGCCGUACUCGAGCACUACUUCACGGAGGCGCCGUCCUCGCAUUGCGGCAAACUCAAGGACGCCCUCCUGGAGGUCUCCGCUUCCACAAUAGCCAUGCUGCAUAGGAAACCCGACAGGUUACCUUUGCAGUAUACCGGCUAUCAAGGAGUGGUCUGUCGGCUCUGACCCCUCGGACUUACCGGCCGUACUCGAGCACUACUUCACGGAGGCGCCGUCCUCGCAUUGCGGCAAACUCAAGGACGCCCUCCUGGAGGUCUCCGCUUCCACAAUAGCCAUGCUGCAUAGGAAACCCGACAGGUUACCUUUGCAGUAUACCGGCUAUCAAGGAGUGGUCUGUCGGCUCUGACCCCUCGGACUUACCGGCCGUACUCGAGCACUACUUCACGGAGGCGCCGUCCUCGCAUUGCGGCAAACUCAAGGACGCCCUCCUGGAGGUCUCCGCUUCCACAAUAGCCAUGCUGCAUAGGAAACCCGACAGGUUACCUUUGCAGUAUACCGGCUAUCAAGGAGUGGUCUGUCGGCUCUGACCCCUCGGACUUACCGGCCGUACUCGAGCACUACUUCACGGAGGCGCCUUCCUCGCUCUGCGGCAACCUCAAGGACGCCUUCCUGAAGGUCUCCACGGCCACAAUAGCCAAGCUGCAUAGGAAACCCGACAGGCAUCAUUAAUUUACAAUUUUAUGCUAAAAUUAUGACAGAGACGCUAAAGUGUCUCAUUCCAUCUGUUUAUUCGUUUAAUUAUAUAUUAAAGUAUAUUAUAGGCAUGUUUUUAAAUGUAAUUUGAGUGUAAUUAAAAUAAGUAUUGGACAUUCUUACACAAAUUGAGUAAGCCCCACAGUAAGCUGAAGAAGGGUAGGGUACUCAGACAGCGAUAAAUAUAAUACAAACAUAUAUAAAUACUUAAAUGCAUAGAAAACACCCAUGACUCAAGAACAAAUAUCUGUCUCAUUACAUAAAUAAAUAUCCUUACUGGGUUUUGAAUCCAGGACCAUUAGCUUCAUCGGCUUUAUUCCCUCUAGGCCAAAUCAUCGAGAAAUUUGUUUCGACGCGCGUUCAAUAACACUAAUCUAACAUGUAUUUAAUUCUCACAGGUAGCGACUUCAUCUUACGAAGUUGAAGAGCGAAGGGACCAUUACAAUGAGGUGAAUAACUAGAAUUAAGGUUGGUGAUCGGAGGUAAGGUUAGAAAAUGAUCUUUAGAAGUUAUCAUUAAUUCUACAGUUUUUAUUUUAAUAUGACUGGAUUUAAUCCGUAACUUUGUGUCUGCAAAUACAGGACAAUCUCACUAAUCUGGCACUAAUCGAUAUUUUUUUAGUAUGUUGAAGCAAUACACUAUAUUCAUAAACUAAAUACAAAGGAAAUUGUACUGUUAUCUGGAUUUUAGGCAUUUAUAAAAAUAUUCAAGAGUGAUAAUGUAACCGCACAUAGUAAAUUUGGGCGUAGAAGGACCACGUGCAUCCCUAUUUUAGUGCCGGAUUAUUGAAAUUUCACUGUAAAUUACCUAUUACAUUCCUUUGACUAUCGGAGGAAAUGUACCAUUGCGUAAACUUACCUUUUUUCGUGCGUUAUAAAUAUUGUAAGGAUAUAAUGACGUGAUUGGACCCGAUUGGUCAGCUAGUUUCCAACAAACAAAAUACAGGUAUCUUAGUUUAAUAAGAUAGUUUCAGCCGCUUAAGAUUAGAUUUAGAGUCACAUGAACCCACCGCCAAAAAUUGUAGAUUUAGUUGCUAAAAAUGGUAUAUAGAGUCCAAACAAGAUAAGUUGGCAGAGAUUCUGAUGGGUUAUUAAACGUCAGACUUCUAUGAAAUUAUGACGUUUACUUGACGCUUGCACCGUCUAGGCUAUUCAAAAUCGCUGCGAACUUAUCUAGGUCUGACUCUAGUAUAUACAAAGAAAAUAUAGCGAGUUUUGUAUAUGAAACUGCUACUCGCUUUGUAUUUAAAUUUAUAGCAACUGAAACUAAUCCCGUCAACUGGGAUGAAUAGGAACAGCUGGGGUAAAUAGGGACAUAAUCUAAAAUAUGAUUUACCUGACAAAAAUACCCACACAAAUUAUAUUAUACUGAAUCUACUGGUAUUUUCAAUAGAAUGAUAUAAUAAAUGUCUUAAGUUUAGACGACCGGUCUCUAAAAUAUGAUUUACCUGACAAAAAUACCCACACAAAUUAUAUUAUACUGAAUCUACUGGUAUUUUCAAUAGAAUGAUAUAAUAAAUGUCUUAAGUUUAGACGACCGGUCUGGCCUAGUGGGUAGUGACCCUACCUAUGAAGCCAAUGGUCCUAGUUUCGAAUCCCGGUGAGAGCCGACGUAGCUUUAUUUGACGUAUAUAAGUGCAUUGUAAUAUGCCUACUUGGAAAAUAAACUAUCUUUAUCUUUAAGGGCAUUUAUUUGUAUGAUGGGCACAGAUAUUUGUUACCGAGUCACAAAUAGGUGUUUUCUAUGUAUUUAAGUAUUUGUAUAUUAUAUAUAUCAUUGUCUGAGUACCCACAAGUCCCACAACACAAGCUUCCUUGAGCUUACCGUGGGAUUUAGUCAAUCUGUGUAAGAAUGUCCUAUAAUAUUAAAAAAAAACCGUUAUUUAUUAAGCAUACACUACUAUCCUUCCCUUGCCUCUAUAUUUACGAGAUAUGCAUUUUUGUAAAACUGAAUAUUGAACUAUUCACCUUCACAGGAGACAAAGAAACAACACGGUCACAUAGACGCUGAAGGUUAGCAUUGCCAACUACUAGCAAGUUAGUACUUCGGAAAAAAAAGCGCGUAUUGUAUGUGUAUUAAUAUAUUCAAUAAAAUACCAGCUGAAAUAAAGAUAUUGCCUAUUAAUGAAUUCUAAAAGACAUUGUAUAAAAUACUAAUUGACAAUUGUUUUUACAGUAUAAACGAAUUUUUAUUGCAUACGUUUUAAAUGUUAAUUGAUAUCUGAAAAUCUUUUAUAAUUAUUUCAUCCUAUUUUUUUUUUUUUUUUGUAAUUUUAAUAUUUUCAUGCUAUUGACUCCUCAUUAAAUUAUUUCUUAUUAGUUGAUGUUAAAUUAUAUUUAAUCAUAUAAAUAUAAUUUAUUUUAAUUGACCGAGUGAUCUAAUCAGGCGGGCCGUAUGCUUGUUUGCCACCGUCGUGGUAUAUAAAAAAAAACAAGUUAUCACUGACAACUGUUCACAUGUCUACAUGGACUGAAUAUAUCAUGGGACACAAUGCUUGUAAUUUAAGAUCUUAUGUUACCAUAUGUUCAUUGUGAAUAAACGAUUUCAUUUCAAAAGUGUAAGAUUUUUUUAAAGAAACUGUCAGGUAAAUCACAUUUUAAGUUUUGUCCCUAUUAAUCCCAGCUAGCCUUAUUCACCCCGGUUGACGGUAACAGAAAUUUCAUGUUAUUACAUAAUGUAAUUUCAGAAUGAGAGCUAAACUUCGAUUGUAUGGCGGCGCCAAGAUUCAUGUGACUCUUAAUUAAGUGAGCAGCUAAGGUAUUUAAAUGUAUUACAUUAAUCUGAGAAGAAAUUGAGUACUCAUAUUUUAGUGUUUGAUUUCCGUGUUUACGUUAGCUAAUAAAAGUUGUGUUUCGGAAAAAUGGACCUUAAUGUGGCCGUACAGUGAUUCUAUUUAUCAUUACUAUUAAUUACAAGUAAGAUACAUAUAGUUCACUUGUAAUAUAACAUAUAUUAUGAAACACUUUGCGACGUUUACUGCUCUAAGGUAGUUUUUUUCUGAGACACAAAUGUCACCAAUGUAUUAUAUUUAUACAAUUAAGAUUUAAAGUAUUUGAAAUGUUGCCUUAAUAUAAUAUCAUAGUAUUCACCAGGGCAGUGGUUCCCAAAGUUGACUGGGCUCCGACCCACCUAACAAAACCGGCCAAGUUCAGGACCCACCUAAUCAUUGCCUAAAAUCUGGCCUUACAUAGCUAUGGAGUACUGAAAGUAAGUAGUACUUUUAUAGCUUCAUCAAACAAGCAACUGCAUUUUGUUGUUGGCAUGUCGUCUAAUGUUACAAGGCCCACUCAAAUUUCGCUCGCGACCCACCAAUGGGUCGCGUCCCAUGGUUUGGGAACUGCUGCACUAGGGUAUUAUGUUAAAUUAAAUUCAUCCAUUGUUGUUACCAAGAGACCAACUGAUAUAUUACUGUGUAUAAGUUUACAUUUAUUUACUGUUAAUUGGCUUUAUCGUAGCAUAUGCAUAUAUUUAUAGACAACGAGCUGACCUCGGAAAAUGCUCUAGUUUUAUUGCUACGCUACGCUAUAGAUAUUAAGUACUUGAUCCGGGAAAUCUAGCAGCUAUUUAUUGAUGUAGGCCAGAGUAGCAAGCCAGCAAAGAGGUGGCACACAUUUUUCGAUUGCUCAUGAUUUUAUUUGGCGCUUGAAUGACACUGGCUUAACAUAUCAUUAAGAAAACAGCAGGUGGUACUUAUUUACUUUAUAAAAAUGUCUGGCAAUGUUAUACCUAUUCCAAUUGUACAAAACAAACUCAAUCAAACCAAGAACUCGCGAUUUUUUUUACUUCGGUGAUUUUAUAACCUCAGUUAUUUGUUGGCUUGUCACUCUGGCAUCCACCGAUGGACAGCUGCCAGAUUCGCGAAUCAAAACUAAAUUUAUUAGUAAACUAACUAGACCAGUUCCAUCGCUCUCAUUAUCAUAUAUGUAGGUAGGAGCUAGCUCUUAGUUCAUUAAUUAUUAGUUAAUGACGCACGGUUUAUAUUAAAUCUUGUCAGAAGUUUUCCAUUCUCAGAAAAUAUGUCUUCUAUCUGAUAAGUGAUAACCUCGACGGUAUAUGUACCUAAAUGUAAAGAGUAGUAAAUGGUUUGUAAUUAGACGCAACCGCAGACAUAUUCUGAGUACCGCCGAGAGCUUAUGAAAUGGAAAUUACAAGGGAGGUAUUGGAGUGGACGAAGCGCCAAUCACAAUUAGCGGACUGAUAGCGUCACUCAUUAGUGAACUAUGAUACAAUAAAAUUUAACGAAUGCUUUAACGGUGACAUACUGUUAAGCCAAACCAAACUCCAAACUCAAAAUUUAUUUCCUACAAUUAUGUAGGUGGUGUGUUGACGUGCCUAAAAUGCGCUCGGAAAUUUAGUAGGAAGGUUGGUUACGCGAGCCAUCUAAAAGUGCAGCAGAGAGUGGGACAGCUACACUCUGUUAACAGUAAUUAAAAAUGUCCACUCCAGAACACAGUCGCUGUGGCCGAAAUCGGUCAGGAGUCAUCAUCAUCAUACUGCUAAGUACAUCUGACCCUACACCGUGAUUAUCUUAACCCGUGGUCCUGGAAAUAGGUACCUGAUUUGAUCAACGAAAGGAUAAGAACCAAUUAAUUAGUCACUGGUCUAAAUUUUGCUGUAGCAAUUUUUAUUUGUUUUACUUCCGUAUACGUAUUGGCUAGUUAUCGCGGCGAAUAGAUUUCCACAUUAUUAUACAUAGGGGCUACUAUUCGGUAUCUAAGUGUUAACAUUUUAUCCAAAUUGAUUUUAAAAGUGGCACCUACUGAUAAAAAACGAGUUUCCGAUUUGGAUUGUCUUCUUAAAAGUCAUAUUUCACGCAAUUUUUUAGUCGUUAAAAUGCUAUUGGUUCGUAUCAUUCGGUUUCCAAUGAACCUUGGACCUAAAAAUGCAGAAAUUGAGCAAAUCAAGGAGAAAACGGACAUAUACUCAGAUACUCCCUUUUGUCUGCCGACGAUGCGAUUGAAAAGAGGAAGAAAGUAAAAUUUAUAGUCGUUCGAUUUGAAGCUGGCCCGAAGCGGCUAAUCUUUUGUCUAUUGUUAACUAAAACCGCGCGUGCUACUACCUGCAAAAAAAGGGUCGUAUAAUUCUUAUUGGCACCUGAGCGCGGGCUAGUCCAACGCUCAAAACACCAGUGUAGGUGUGCUCUCCGAUAACGCGCCUUUGUUAUGCAUAUCAAGGACACUUUUUAGACGGGUUCGGUAGCGUUCGACUCGCCGGCACUCAGUAACCGUAUAGGGACCACACAAGAAAUAGCAAAUUAUUUUUCCAUUUGUUCAUUUUGAAUCUUAUUUCAAUUACCAUAGGAGUUGUAAUUAAAUAACCGAUUAAAGUGAUAGUUAACAAUAGACAAAGGAUAAGCCGUUAGGGCCCAGCUACAAAUCUAACGACUAUACCCGGAGUCCGUUUCUAAUCUGUGUCGCUAAUCUUAAUCGCUACUUAAAUUCGGAGUUCCCAAGCCAAAAAUCAGAGUAGACUACUUAUCAUUUAUUAGAGGGCUCCGUUAAACCAACGGAAGUCGUACCUACUAAAUUAAUUUAAAUGAUACAUAAUAUUAAAGCCUUGAUCUAGUAUAGGGCAUGCAAAACUACAUAACAGUGAGAAUCUUCAUCCUAACAUUCAAAUAGACUUAAAAGUCACUUUUUCUCAAACAAGUCAUACCAGAGUAUGAGAUGAUACACUAGAAAAUAUGAGUACAUUCGUCUCUAUUUAACCUAAAUCUAUAUUCCUUGCUAAGCCAACGUCAGAUAUUGCACGCAUGUUGUACAGGUAAACUAGUUGAGAUGUUAUACUACCUACAUCUAAAUAAUUACUAAGUUGUAUAAAGAACCAUAAAACAAGAAUAAAGAUGGAGGAUAGCGUGUUUUAUGAUUGUACAUUUGCGGUUAGUUACAUUAUACUUAUACCUUAUACUCGCUAUUUUUAUGGUGCGCAUUGCGCGUAAGAUAGAAAAAAUCUAAUAUAUUUUACGUUGAGUUGUAGAUUACUUGUCAUUUAAAGUAUUUAUAGGCUUAUUAAUCUAGGUAUUCUAGGUGAUGUUGCGUUUAGUUAAGACCUAUUUCAACAUAGUUAAUAUAUGUUUUUAAUAAAAUACUUUUUGGCACGAAAUAAAUUUACAAGCCAAGCAUCUUUAACACAAGCACUUAAGAUAAUCUUCAUGACAUUGUUUAUUGAAUUACAAACAAGACAUAUUUUUUUUAUUACUUUGCUAAAGUAAUUGCAAGGAGAAACAGAACUAGUGUGGUAACACAUCGUUAUUUGUACGUUUAGCCAUAAAGGUGUAUGGGUGUGAGCAUAAGUGUCUAUUCUUUACCUACAACAUUAAUUACAGUUCAGAUAUGUUACUUUAGAAUGACUAUAGUUUAUGUAUGUAUUAGUAUGCAUUAUUGGCCCGAGUGGCAGUUGUCACGUCCAUUAGCCUCUUAGGGCAGUUUCAGACUAGCGUUUUAUACAAGCGUGCUCAUACGCGCGUGUUAGAUCGUAUAGACCAAAUGUGGAAAUGUAACGCACAAAUGUAACAACGACAAAAGCAUCAAAAAUCCUUAGGUAUAUGUCAGGGGAAAUCCUGACGUAUGGCAACCCUGCUCGUUGAUAUAAUGUGUAAUAAAGUUGGCAUGGCUAAUUGGUAACUAGAGUCAAUAUGUAUAUACCAAUGUUGGCUAUGUAACAUAGCCUAUGUCACAUAUAAAGGUUUCAUUCCAUUUGCGAAGGAUUAAAUUAAGUUUUAAGCGAAAACAAUAUUUUCACCACGCCAGCUUGUAAAGGCUCUUUUAAGUCUCUUUGUAUUUUAAAAAUUGAUUUUCAUAUUAAUUUUUCGUAUUAAUCGUACAUUGUCAGUGUUACAAUUCUAUAAGAAUGUUGCAAUUUAUUUGUAAUGUUUUUGUGUUCGACUCAGGAGCUAAAUUGGUUUAAACCCUCGUGCCUUGAAAUGAAACCCUCGCAACUCCCCAGAUUCCACUUUUGUGCCACUGGUUAAGCUCGUGGUUCAAUUUUGUUAUCUUUCCCUGUUGUUUUCCAUAUUGAUAUCUGAGAUUAGGAGUAAAGUAAGAUAGACGAGUUAAACAACAACUUUUCUCCCUUGUAAAACAAUUAACUAUUUACUACUAAAUACAUAUUUUUUAAAUAUUUGCAUAUAUGAUUAGAUUCUCGUAUUCAGCUUUAAAUUACAUUAAUUAAGGUGCUGCUUGCUAUAGACAUCGAUGAGUUUAUCUCAAUUCAAUUCUUAACAUUGCAGACAAAGAACCAUGAUCUUAAUUCUUAAGACAAUGACGUAUUUGAAUUUAUUAAGUUUUUACAUAAGGUAAGACGAAUAAACGAGCAUAGUUUAUUUUGUUCGGGGCAAGACAAACAGUAUGAGGACUUGAGUACUCCAUACAAGUUCUUGUCUUGUCCCGGUGAUAGUCUUACCCCACCUUACAUUUUUAUUAUAAGUAAAAACUCAUACUAUAGUAUGAAUUUUAGGAGAUUUUUUUUUUAGCUUGGGCACUAAUUUGUUGAACAAAAGCCUUUGUUUCUUUUAUGCAGACCGGAGACGAAACCGAAAAAAUCUUCUCAUGAAAUUCAUAUAUGCUUUUGGCUAACCAGAUCAAAUAAUUAGUUAUGCUAAAUGCUUUCUGAGCUCUUAAAAAGUCCAUAAUGGAAAAAAUUAAGGACCACUAAGAGCUUUGAAAUAUUUGUAAAAAAAUAUAACCUAUUAAACUGUUAAAAUUACGAAAUGCUGCAAUAUGCUAGCCGUGUCCGAGUCUCUUUUAGCACAUUGUUUGAAAUCAUUAAGUACGUGUAUUCAUACCUAGAUAUGUAUAUAAUAUAGUUAUUAUUAGUAUUCUGACUGCCUCAUUAUGUAUUUUUAUUUAUUGAAUGUCAUUUUUUACCUUUAUUUUAAUAAAGACAUGAAAUAAACAAAGAU